AUGGAUGUUGAAAGGGGUAGUAUAACAGAGACACCAACAUGGAGCAAGAGCAAGACAUGCACAUUCCCCCAAAUACCCAAAGGGUCAUGGGACAGCCAUAUGCACAUCAUCGACGCAGAGCGAUAUCCUUUUGUGGCAGACGCCCGAUAUAUACCACCGUCGCAUCUCCUCCCGCAAGCCUUGGAGCGUGAAGCAGAGCUAGGAAUCGACAAAAUCGUCCUUGUUCAACCGUCAGUCUAUGGAAACGACAACUCGUGUCUGCUCGACGCACUACGUGCACGCGGACCAGACAAUGCACGGGGGGUCGUGGCCUUUGAUCCGCUGACGACAAACCUCUCGACGCUGCGGAAAUGGCAUCAUCUUGGUGUGCGGGGUGUGCGUGUGAAUUUCCAAUCGGUGGAGAAGAAGAUCAACAGCGAACGAGAGCUGGAACUGUUGCUGAGACGAUACGCGCAUCUCAUCCGGCCGCUGGAUUGGGUCUUACAACUGUACAUCUCCCUUUCGUGUGUGGGUAUGCUGGAGAGGAUUCUACCACCGCUGCGGAUCAAGGUCUGCUUAGACCAUUUCGGCUGCCCUUCGCUCCCACCGACUCUAUACGCAAACGAAGAGGAUGAACAAGAACGGUAUGCUCGCAUACUCGCCGACAUAUCCUCAUUGGCACGGCUGCUUGAAUAUAGCAGGACAUACGUCAAGAUAUCAGCUCACUACCGACUCUGCGAGGAUGUCUCGCAGUUAGAGCCCAUCGCGAGAAUGCUGCUCACGGUUGCAAACGGCGAGAAAGUCGUCUUUGGGACUGACUGGCCGCAUACACGAUACUCAGGCGUCAACAUUGAACCAUUUGUACAAGUCGUCUUGGACUGGUGCAAUGCCGACCAAGGAUUGAUCAACAGAGUCUUUCGCGACAAUGCUGCCACACUUUGGGAUGCCCGCACUUCUGAUUGUCAAGGUCGGUUAUAG